CUGUGAUGUGACAUAAACAAUUUUUAGGUGUUUUCUUCUUGCUUUGUUCAAUUUUCCCCUAAAAUCCCUUAUAAAUGGCGGCCUGACGUACCGAUCAUGGGAUGCUCUGGAGGGAGGUGUUUUCUUCUUGCAAUCUGUUCCCUCCAAAUGGUAGCAGUUCUGGAGCGCCUCGUAUUCGACUUCAUCGGUUACAUGUGGGCGUCAAUCAUUGGUAACUUCCUACAGUUGAUAUUUGUCAUAGUCGGACUAUUUGGGACUUUUCAGUACAGACCUCGCGUUGUUUUAUCUUAUGCAAUAUGGAAUUUAUUCUGGAUCGGACUCAAUACAGUUGUGAUAUUGUUAUACUUACAAAAAGUUGUGCCUAUAGGGGCCUUAGCACAGUUGGAUGCGGUGAGCGUCCUCAGUAUCAACGUGCGGCAAGAAAGUUGGUGGAUACAGUCGGGCUGGUCUUGUGAUACACAAUCAGGGUGCUUUUUAGAGUAUUAUUAUAUAGAAAUUAUACAGGCUGGAAUUCAGUGUCUGUUAGCGUUAAUUGCAUUUGUGACUGCGUGCUGCGUGAUAUACAUCUUUACAGAAGAAGAUGAUAGUUGCGAGGCAGAACCCACAGCAGCACAGCCGGUCAGUGAUGAGUUAGAAUACAUCAAAAUGCGCUACAAAUCACCAGCGAGGGACACGGUGCCACGUAACGAUCACCGAGCAUACGACACCUUGCAGACGUCCAACUACAACACGUUAAAUACGACAGUUGAGUCGACGUUAGAUCAUUACGAUAGGGAACGGUUAAGACGCGAGCGCGACCAUCAUCGUGAACAAGAGAGAGAGUUGGACAGAGAACGAGAAAGGCAGCGACUUAGGGAGAUACGUGACCGAGACAAAUACGCCGAUAAGCCGCAAAUCAGGAAAGAUGAACGCACGGCGAUUCCGGAGCGAAGAGAACAAUUGCCGUGGGUCCACGUGGCACCAUCUGUCACAUCGGAUUACCCGCAGACUUUAGAUAUGGACGAAGUAGGCCCGCCGGGGUACUACCAGAUCAGUAUCGCAUCAAGUCAAGAUCAGCGCGCAUAUCGCCGAGAUAAGGACUCCGUCAUUAUUUGACACACGUGAAUUUUACAGUGUUUUUUUUUACACGUGUUUGCGCGUUUUUGAACAACUGCCUUGACCAAUCAAUUUGCGGUAAGGGAACGCCGCUCGGUGCUCAAUGAGUGUUGCCCGUCGUUUGAGUCCAACCUCCAUCUGACAUGUCUGGGUGAAUGCAUCAUACUGAUCUGGGCUUGGCUGGCUUGGCACAUUGGUCCAGUUAGGAACGAAAAAUAUGCUGUAAUUGCAGCGGGACGGUCAGCCAGCAUAGUAAUGGUGUCACUUGAAAAGAAUUUCCAGCUCAUAUCUAUGCAUUUUCUAUUUGACUCUAGUCAAUGCAGGUCCCUGGCUGUGAGGUUGUGAUGCUGAUGUUUGGGCAAGUACGUGCGGCCGCUUCAGAACUAGGGGGAAACAUGCUCAUGUGAAUCCUGAGGAAAUGUCUUGGGGGGUUUGUGUGCAGGGUCAGAGAAGCGAGCAUUCACCCCUGAUUUCCUCCGGAUGGCCCUUGUGUAGUGGUCAAUGUCAACCUGUACGACUGACCCUGUCAACACUUUGCAUUAUUUUCAAGAGUCAAGAUUCGACUCUAAUUCAUCCAAAACUUAAACAUUAUUGUCAGGUGUUCAUUAUAUUUUCCUCAAAUUUCAAUGAUUAGUUAAUAAUUUUCUAUCAAAAAGUGAUGAAUGGGUUGACAUGUAUUCAACACUAAUUCAUUGACGGUAAGAAAAAAUUUCGCCCUGAACUCCGACCCAAUUCGACAUUGUUUUGGCAUCGAAACCUGAGUGGGUGGGUUGGGGAGGGGAGUUACGUGGUUUUCAUUGACUGCUGCAUCACAUUUUACAUGUACAUUUGUGCUUAAAAUUAUUGUAUCCUCAUGAUCGGAGAUUCGCACCAGAUUGCGACUGGCAUGUUCAUUCAAAGUCGGUUGGUGAAUUCCCGGGUCACUAGGUUUCCUCCCAGUUAGGGGUGAUACUUGUUUAUCAAUUGUGUUUUCGUCCAAUUUGGUCGGUUUGACCAAUAAUGUUUUAUUGUAUGUGUAUUACUAACUGUUAUUAUUCUUGUAAUCAUCGGGAGAAAAACGCACUCGGCCAAGACGUGACGACCAGCAGUCUUUGCACUGUUAUUCAGGUUGACCUUACCUGGCUGGCUGCCUUCUUCCCAAUCUUCUUGUUGAUCAUGGACUGUAUAUUAUCAUCCGAUAGCCAUGAUGUUAUUACUCUUUCUUCCGGAAGGGAAACUGGCCGAGUUUACUGAAAUAUCAGGCACAAAGACUCACUAUAUCGAUCCAGCAUUUGGGUCGCAUUAGACUGCCAUAAAUGCUGUCUGAUCGUAAAGAGUAUGAUUCAACUUUGCGUUCAAACUUACGAAUGUCCUGUUUCUCUGUUCUGUGUCCUCCAAUUGUGUUUCAUUGAAUCAGAUUACCAAUGUACUCCGUUAACUGCACGCAUGAGUUAGGUAGUUGCAGAGAUGUAGAAUAGAUUUCACCCCAGUAUACCAGGUGAACAUAAUAUUUGUGGGGCUUAUUAUCAGUUCCAGAUCCACCCAAAUGAAAACAUUUUAUUGACUUUUAAAAAAAAAAAAAAUUUAUGAAUCGCAAGAAUAACAUUAACAAAGCACAACAAGUUUGCCUGUUUACUGUAAUUCUAAUUUUUUCAUUUUCUUAAAAUGGAAAAUUUACCAUAUCAAUUGUAAGCUCUUAAAACUUUUAUCAAAAAAAUGUUUUUUUAAAGUAUUACUCAAGAACGCCCCUGGUUGUCUUGUAAAUUUUAGAAUUUGAACUUUUGUUUGACAGAGUUUGCUUGUUUUAUGAAUGUUGAUAUUUAAGGGGCAUUGGAUCACAAUUACAUAGUAAGAAGUGCAAGUCAGAGGGUGUUAACCCGACUGAGUGUCCCAACUUACCAAGCUAGCCUACCCCGGGAAAGACAGGUCAACGUGGUUAGUUUGGGGAAAUUGGGAAAUUGAAUCUGGGGUCAACAUGACCUGUUUCAGCCAUCAGUGACUCAGCUGAGUAAAAUUGGUCGAUAUUCGAAGUUAUUUGUUAUGAAAAAACAUGCUGUAUUUAUGUGCAGAACUUUGCAUUUUUAGACAAAGCUUAAUGCUUAACACAUCUACUGAAUGUAUAAAUAUACUGUAGUAGCAAGAAUUUUUACAACUAUUUAUAUUUAUUCUUGGCGUUAGGAGCGAUGUAAAUACAUUGUGCAUGUAGUGUGACACACUUGAUGAGAAAAAGGAUCGCUUGAAGUCCUCUUCUGUAAUUGAUGCGUUCAUGUAUGAUAGGAAUUUAAGGGGACAACCUUGGCAUGGAUUUCCCUGCCAGGAGAAUAAUACCUCUAUUAAGGACACCCUCAGGACUGACAAGUGCUGUCCUGAUUACAGAGGUGUCCUGAGUACAGAGGUCAAAUUGAAUUGAAACGACCAAUUUGGCACCAAAACUAGUGUCCUUAAUAGAGAGGUGGUCCUUAAUAGAGAGGUGUCCACUAAGGGAGGUUCCACUAUACCUUAUUCCUCAUCAGCAGCAGUCAGAUGCCAACCGUAUCGGAUUUUCUUGAGAAAUUUGCUAAAUAGGUGACCUGUCGCAGCAAAAUCAGGCACACGUCGCACAGAAGAUGUGCCUAAUUGACUAAAUUAAGAUAAUGGAGGAAAUAGAUGUGCUCAUAUUUCACAAAAGGCAGACAACAGUGAAAUGAACAAUCAGUUUGUCUCAAUCUGCCAAAGCUCAGAGCAACUUGUCUGGGUUUGCUGCGACAGACCACAUAUUUCAUGUCAGCUUGUAUCUUCCAUUAAUAAUGCGCUGAAUCCUGUCUGUUUAUGUCAGAAAUUGGGUUAUUUCAAUGUUUUAUCAACACAUGUACAUCAUGACAAGAACACAUCAGUCUACCAUGUCCUCAGAAAUUGCUUCCUUUCAAACCGCUGUACCAAUUUAAUUACUGGGGACAGCAAAAAGCUGCUGGUAUAAACCUCCAAUCAUGUUGUUCUCUUGCAGAAGUUCUGUUAGUUAUUAUCUGUUUGCUAAAAUAUCUUGUAAAUAAAUUGUAAAUUGAUGAAUAAAUGCUGUUAAACGAAGAAGACGUGCAACGUGAA